CGUGGGAGGGGGCGCGGCGGCGGCCAAGUGCAGCCGCCCACAGCGGUGACGGCCGUAGCCGCGGCCUCGCCACGUGACCCGGACGGGCGGAAGCGGAAGUGCCUUCCUGGAGCCCGCGCUAGGUGGGUGUCCCCUCGGCGCUGGCCGGCUGCCGCCUGCACCAGCCAUGGACUGCUACACCGCGAACUGGAACCCGCUUGGGGACUCUGCCUUUUACCGCACGUCUCUUGGUGAUCCAUGCAUAUCUCAGAUUGCAGUCAUCUUGUGCCAGUUUGCCAGUUUGAAAUAUGAGCUGUAUAGCAUGGACUGGGACCUGAAGGAGGAACUGAGGGACUGCCUGGUGGCCGCCGCGCCCUAUGGGGGCCCCAUUGCGCUGCUGAGGAACCCUGGGCGGAAGGAGAAGCCUGCCAGCGCACGGCCAGUUCUCGAGAUCUACUCGGCUUCUGGUGUGCCUCUGGCCAGUCUGCUGUGGAAGAGUGGGCCCAUGGUGUCCCUGGGCUGGUCAGCUGAGGAGGAGCUGCUCUGUGUGCAGGAAGACGGGGUCGUGCUGGUUUAUGGGCUUCAUGGUGACUUCCGGAGACACUUCAGCAUGGGCAAUGAGGUGCUCCAGAACCGGGUUCUAGAUGCCCGGAUCUUCCAUACUGAGUUUGGUUCUGGGGUGGCCAUCCUCACAGGGGCUCACCGCUUCACCCUCAGUGCCAAUGUGGGCGACCUCAAACUCCGCCGGAUGCCAGAGGUGCCAGGUCUGCAGAGUGCACCCUCAUGCUGGACCACAGUGUGCCAGGACCGAGUGGCACACAUUCUUCUGGCUGUAGGACCUGAUCUUUACCUCCUGGAUCACGCAGCCUGCUCUGCAGUGAUACCACCUGGCCUAGCUCCAGGAGUGAGCAGCUUCCUGCAGAUGGCUGUCUCCUUCACCUACAGACACCUGGCGCUCUUCACAGACACAGGGUACAUCUGGAUGGGGACAGCAUCUCUCAAGGAGAAGCUGUGUGAGUUCAACUGCAACAUCCGGGCUCCCCCGAAGCAGAUGGUCUGGUGCAGCCGUCCUCGCAGCAAGGAGAGGGCCGUUGUGGUAGCCUGGGAGAGGCGGCUAAUGGUGGUGGGCGACGCACCUGAGGGCAUCCAGUUCGUGCUGGAUGAGGACUCCUACCUGGUGCCUGAGCUGGAUGGGGUCCGCAUCUUCUCCUGCAGUACCCAUGAGUUCUUGCACGAGGUUCCAGUGGCCAGCGAGGAGAUCUUUAAAAUUGCCUCAAUGGCCCCUGGAGCGCUACUGUUGGAGGCCCAGAAGGAAUAUGAGAAAGAGAGCCAGAAGGCGGAUGAGUACCUGCGGGAGAUCCAGGAGCUGGGGCAGCUGCCCCAGGCCGUGCAGCAGUGCAUCGAGGCAGCGGGACAUGAGCACUGGCCAGACAUGCAGAAGAGUCUGCUCAGGGCGGCCUCCUUUGGAAAGUGUUUCCUGGACAGAUUUCCACCCGACAGCUUUGUGCGCAUGUGUCAGGACCUUCGUGUACUCAAUGCCAUUCGGGACUAUCACAUCGGGAUUCCCCUCACCUAUAGCCAAUACAAGCAGCUCACCAUCCAGGUGCUGCUGGACAGGCUUGUGUUGCGGAGGCUUUACCCCCUGGCCAUUCAGAUAUGUGAGUACCUGCGGCUUCCUGAAGUGCAGGGCGUCAGCAGAAUCCUGGCCCACUGGGCCUGCUACAAGGUACAACAGAAGGACGUGUCUGACGAGGAUGUUGCUCGAGCCAUUAACCAGAAGCUGGGGGACACACCUGGUGUCUCUUACUCUGACAUUGCUGCACGAGCCUAUGGCUGUGGCCGCACGGAGCUGGCCAUCAAGCUGCUGGAAUAUGAGCCACGCUCUGGGGAACAGGUUCCCCUUCUCCUAAAGAUGAAGAGGAGCAAACUGGCACUAAGCAAGGCCAUCGAGAGUGGGGAUACUGACCUGGUGUUCACGGUGCUGCUGCACCUGAAGAAUGAGCUGAACCGAGGAGACUUUUUCAUGACUCUUCGGAACCAGCCCAUGGCCUUAAGUUUGUACCGACAGUUCUGUAAGCAUCAAGAGCUAGAGACGCUGAAGGACCUUUACAAUCAGGAUGACAACCACCAGGAGCUGGGCAGCUUCCACAUCCGAGCCAGCUACGCUGCAGAGGAGCGUAUUGAGGGGCGAGUUGCAGCUCUGCAGACGGCAGCCGACGCAUUCUACAAGGCCAAGAAUGAGUUUGCAGCCAAGGCCACAGAGGAUCAAAUGCGGCUCCUACGGCUGCAGCGACGCCUAGAAGAUGAGCUGGGGGGCCGGUUCUUAGACCUGUCUCUACACGACACGGUCACCACCCUCAUCCUCAGCGGCCAAAACAAGCGCGCGGAGCAGCUGGCACGUGACUUCCGCAUCCCUGACAAGAGGCUCUGGUGGCUGAAGCUGACCGCCCUGGCAGAUCUGGAAGACUGGGAGGAGUUAGAGAAGUUUUCUAAGAGCAAGAAAUCACCCAUCGGCUAUCUGCCCUUUGUGGAAAUCUGCAUGAAGCAACACAACAAAUAUGAAGCCAAAAAGUAUGCUUCCCGCGUGGGUCCCGAGCAGAAGGUCAAGGCCUUGCUUCUCGUUGGGGACGUGGCUCAGGCUGCAGACGUUGCCAUCGAGCACCGGAGUGAGGCAGAGAUGAGCCUCGUAUUGUCCCACUGCACCGGAGCCACAGAUGGGGCCACGGCUGACAAGAUUCAGCGGGCCCGGGCUCAAGCCCAGAAGAAGUGAGGGACCCACCUGCUCAUCUCCGCAAGCCCUGGGCCUGGCAGAAGUGUCAUUGCUCAUCUAGCUCUUCCCCCAGAGCAAAGCCCGAAGAGCUGGGAUGAGAACCAGGGUUCUGGUUGUAAAUAAAGUCGAAACAUUUUAGAGCA